CCCGGCCUUUCUCUUCCUUCCUUCCUUGAAAUCCCAGCUGCCAUGGAAAUCCUGCUCUCCAACACCACUGAAACUCUCAGAAGCCUUUUACUUCUAACUGCAUAACCCUGAAAUUUGUGGAUAAAAAAGCCCUCUAUAACUGCAAUUUAGCUUCCUGGCUUGUAAGCGUAAGGAAAAGGCUUUGCAGGCACCUGACUGAAGAACAUCUGCUGAAACCCUCUGAGCCUGGGAUGACCACUCAUUCAUGGCACUAGCAAUAUUAAAAAAAAAUUAAAAAAAAAAAAAGACAGUGAGAAGAAAUUAAAGCAUUUAAAGGCUCAAACUCUGGAAAUAGCAGAAACUACUGGAAAAGAAGGCAAGAACACUUCAGUGUACAUCUGGAAACAUGAAAGAGUUCCUAGCCAAAGCCAAAGAAGACUUUUUAAGAAAAUGGGAAAGCCCCCCUCAGAAUACUGCUGGCCUAGAUGAUUUUGAGCGGCAAAAAACCCUUGGAACAGGAUCAUUUGGGAGAGUAAUGAUGGUGAAACAUAAAUCCACAGAACAGUAUUAUGCUAUGAAGAUACUGGACAAACAGAAGGUUGUCAAACUGAAGCAGAUAGAACACACACUGAAUGAGAAGAGGAUAUUACAAGCGGUGAACUUUCCUUUCCUUGUUAAACUGGAGUAUUCUUUUAAGGACAAUUCUAAUUUAUACAUGGUAAUGGAGUAUGUUCCUGGUGGAGAAAUGUUUUCACAUCUAAGAAGAAUCGGAAGGUUCAGUGAACCACAUGCACGGUUUUAUGCAGCUCAGAUAGUGCUAACAUUUGAGUACCUCCAUUCAUUAGACCUCAUCUACAGAGAUCUAAAGCCUGAAAAUCUUUUAAUUGAUCAGCAAGGAUACAUCCAGGUCACGGACUUUGGCUUUGCAAAAAGAGUAAAAGGCAGAACUUGGACGUUAUGUGGGACUCCAGAAUACCUGGCACCUGAAAUAAUUCUCAGCAAGGGUUACAACAAGGCAGUGGAUUGGUGGGCACUAGGAGUGUUAAUCUAUGAAAUGGCAGCUGGAUAUCCCCCAUUCUUUGCAGAUCAGCCCAUUCAAAUUUAUGAGAAGAUUGUGUCUGGCAAGGUGAGGUUCCCAUCACACUUCAGUUCAGAUCUAAAGGAUCUUCUAAGAAAUUUACUCCAGGUAGAUUUGACCAAACGAUAUGGAAAUCUCAAGAAUGGUGUAAAUGACAUAAAGAAUCACAAGUGGUUUGCAACUACAGAUUGGAUUGCCAUUUAUCAGAGAAAGGUAGAAGCUCCAUUCAUACCAAAGUGCAGAGGUCCUGGAGAUACCAGCAACUUUGAUGACUAUGAAGAAGAAGAUAUUCGUGCUUCUCUAACAGAAAAAUGUGCAAAAGAAUUUGCUGAUUUUUAGUAGGAGUAAGAGGACAAGAUGACAUCAGGGCUCACAUUGGGAUCUUUGCACUCUGUUAACAGAUGAGGUGGAGCUGAGACCAUCAUAUGUCAAAACAGUUACCUAGUUACUUCAUUCCACAAAGCUGACUGAGGUCUUUAUUGCCAUCUUCCAUGUGUGCAGUUUGCACCAACCCUUCUAACUAGGCACAAUUAAGCAAGCACUGUUUGUGCAGUAACACAGAAUAAUAGACCACUUUCCUACUUAACUUUGGUUUCUGUCGUUCUUUGUUUCUGUGUAUUGUUCAUUUUCCCCCUUUGAAAUGAAGUAGUUUUUUACCCAAGAAUGCUCCAUUUUAUUUUGAAUAAUGUAUUAUUUGUGUGAGUGAAAUGGAAGGUGUUGCGGCUAGUGUGAUUUAGACUGAAGUGAAAGAUAAAUGUUGCUUCUAGUCUGUGCCAGCCAAUAAUUCAUGUCUGUCUUGUGUCUGAUGCUACAAUUUAUAAUAAUUUUUUAGUAGCUCAGACUAAACCUAGCCAACAUUUUUAGCAUUUUUGAAGGUAGUAUUUAUCGCCAUAUAAAUGUCUGCUAAAUUAACUUAAAAACAUUUCUUCCUGGAGGCUGACCAAAAUUCAGUAGAAUCAAUUGGAUGGCUUAAGUAGGGGACAGUAGCUAGACCCCGUGCCUUGGUUUUCUACAUCCCUGCAGUUUUCGUCACUGCCUCCUUCCUUUGUAUUUCCCACCUAGGCAGUAGGCAAGUUGCCAUAACCAGACUGUACCAUGGAAAGCUUACAGUCUCAUGAGAGGGAGUAAUUCCAUCUGGUCUGGACUUUGGACCAUAUUAAACCAAGUCAACUUACCAGCAUUUCAGUUGGCAGGUGUGAAAUGGCUUGUUUAAGAUCAAGAACCCUAAACUCUUAAAGGAAGUUUUGGUCAGUACUGUAGAGAAUUCAUUUUGAUUCACUUUUCCUUCUGUUUUUUUCUUAUUUUUUUUAAAGUAGCCAAUGUUUCGGCUCCCAAAGUAUUCCUUGCUUCAAGCCUUUUUUGAUUAAAAAAGGCAUCCAUUAGAAUAAAAACCAUCAUGCCACAGAAAGCAAAAUGCGCUCUGCCAUUAGCUAUGAAAAACAAAUGGUUUAGCAAAUGCAAAAUAAUGUUCUAGAUGCAUCGCUGGAUGAACACGGUUAUUUUUUGUUAGCUGUUAAGAAUAAGAGGUUAUUGCCAAGUUUUUAUUCUGGUAUACUAUAUUAGUAAACUGAGGAUGGAGUACUGCUACAAUCAUUUUCUUUUUAAUUACAGCACUUCAUUCAUGAAGAAAAGAGAUCAAGUUUAAAAACUGCAACAGCUGAGUUUAUUUUAGUUGCGUUGUGUCUUCAUUUCUAACCUACUUUCUUUCAAUCAAUCAGAAUGUAUGGUCACACAGAUACAAGUAUUUGGGUUUAAUUAUGUUUUGUAUACUCUCACCAACUGACUUAAAAGGUAUUGCUACCAUGUGCUAGCUUUGGGCACUUUUACACAUUUAUUUCAAUGUUAAUAAUCAGCGGCUCAGCACUUUUUUCGGGGUUGCUUUUAAACUUAUUCAUAGUAGUUUUAUUUGAACACUUGGUUCUGGCUGUCUCAGUGACCUGUCUUAAAACAGCACAUCUAAAAGUUUAAACUAGACUCAUGUUUUAUGAUAAAUUUACAUGCAUACAAGGAUUAAUUGUUUUUUUAAAAAAUGAGCUAUAUUGAUACAUAGCCAUUGGAUUUGUUUGAACGCCAGUGCAAAUAAACAGCUGGCAUUCCUUCCUUUUAAUCUGUACGACGCUCCUAAAAGAAAGGCCUUUGUAGACAUUUUACAAAAGAGUAUGAAACAUACCACCCAAUGUUCUGUCUGUUUAGGUUGUUGAGCAUUUUUGCACAACGUCAUUAGGAGGCUGACACUGAAUGCAGUCUUUGUCCACCCAUAUUUACAUACAUGCAAGAAAAGUAUAAGAUACUUUGCUGUAGCAAAUUUUAUGUAACAAAGAUAUAUCGUCACAUUAAUAAAUUUAAAGAAAUCCUUUGUAUGAAAAUGUUAAAAUCUUUUGUAUUUCAUUUAGACCAAGGACAUGCUGCUGUAUGCUAGCUGUAUGCGAUAAAUUCUACAGUAACUUUGUUGUCGUUUAUGAACUUUAAAAGAUUUUAAUAAAUGUUGAAGAUCACAA